AUGGGAGCGGGAUCGGCGCGGGGGGCCCGAGGCACAGAAGCGGCAGCAGCGCGCGGGGGGGGGUUUCUCUUCGCCUGGAUCUUAGUCUCCUUUGCCUGUCACCUGGCUGCCACCCAAGGAGCUCCUGAAGAUGUGGACGUCCUCCAGCGGCUGGGCCUCAGCUGGACAAAGGCAGGGGGCGGCUGGAGCCCUGCACCCCCGGGAGUCAUUCCGUUCCAGUCGGGCUUCAUCUUUACGCAGCGGGCCCGGCUCCAGGCCCCCACGGCCGCUGUCCUUCCUGCCGCCCUGGGCACAGAGCUGGCGCUGGUGCUGAGCCUCUGCUCCCACCGGGUGAACCAUGCCUUCCUCUUUGCCGUCCGCAGCCGGAAGCACAAGCUGCAGCUGGGCCUGCAGUUCCUCCCUGGCAAGAUGGUCGUCCACCUGGGGCCCCGGCGCUCUGUGGCCUUUGACCUCGACAUGCACGACGGCCGCUGGCACCACCUGGCCCUGGAGCUCCGCAGCCGCACAGUCACUCUGGUGACGGCCUGCGGGCAGCACCGGGUGCCUGUCCCACUGCCUUUCCACAGGGACCCCACACUCGACCCCGAGGGCUCUUUCCUCUUUGGAAAGAUGAGCCCUCAUGCGGUCCAGUUUGAAGGUGCCCUGUGCCAGUUCAGUAUCUACCCCGUGACGCAGGUCGCUCACAAUUACUGUGCCCACCUGAGAAAGCAAUGCGGACAGGCUGACAUGUACCGGCCCCAGCUGGGACCCCUCUUCACCUUCCAGACCGACCUCACCCUGAUAGGCCUGGAGAACCUGACCACUGCCAUACCAGCCCUGGGGUCACAGCCAGCAGGCAGGCGGCCCAGGGUGACUGUGGCACCUGCUACACCUGCCAAGCCCCUCAGGACUAGCCCCACAGACCCUCCCCAGCAUAUUGCAGCAGGAGGCCCAGCCUGGACCCCACUGCCACCUGCCAAGUUGUCAGCCAGGAAAGCACUGUCCCCCUUGCCCCCGGCCUCUCCAGCUGACUCUGCCAGACCUCUUCGCCCUGCAGCUGCCCUGACAUUGCGGAAGAUCACAGCCAUCAAAAUCCCCAAAAGUUUCCCCACGAAGCCUUCAGCCCCCAUCAAAAGCCCCCAUCCUACCCAGACAACAGCUCCACGUUCAUUCACAAAGUCAGCCCCACCCACUCAGAAACCGGUGCUGCCCACUUCCCGCCCAGUUUCUGCCAAAAUCUCCCAUCCCACGGUGAAGCCGGUCCAGAGGAACCCCGUAACACCCAGAACUCCACCACCCAGCGCCUGGCCCCUAUCUCCCAUUUCCAGCUCCUCUAAAAAGCCUAUUCCCACAGUAGCCCUGACUGAGGCCAAGAUGACCAGUCAUGCCAGUAAGCUGGCCUCUGCCCACACCAGCCCCCACAAACCUCCCCCGUCCACUGUUUUGCUCCCAUCUCCUGCCCCCAGUCCUGGCUCUACCAGGGCUGCUCGGCCACCAGCCACAGCAGUGUCUCCAGCCUCAGCCACCAGGACUCCCAGCACGGCACCUCCCAUGCUUGCUCUUGGUUCAUCCCCUCCUGGAAGCAAGAAACCCACUGGAUCAGAAGCCACAAAGAAAGAUGUACCCAAGAGCAGCCCCCAGAAGCCCAUCCCUCUCAGACCGGGAAAGCCAUCUAGGGAUGUCCCAUUGAACGAUCCAGCCCCCAGACAGUCCCAGCCCAGUCAGCAGACCACCCCGGCCCUGGUGUUGGCCCCAGCGCAGUUCCUGUCCUCGAGCCCCCGGCCCACAAGCAGUGGCUAUCCGUUCUUCCACCUGGUGGGACCCACACCUUUCCCCCUGCUGAUGGGGCCUCCAGGGCCCAAGGGAGACUGUGGUUUGCCGGGUCCCCCUGGGCUGCCUGGGCUACCUGGACCUCCUGGUGCACGAGGGCCUCGGGGUCCUCCUGGGCCUUAUGGAAAUCCAGGCCUCCCAGGCCCCCCUGGAGCCAAAGGACAGAAAGGGGACCCGGGGCUCUCACCAGGAAAGGCCCACGAUGGGGCAAAGGGCGACAUGGGCUUGACUGGUCUCCCUGGGAAUCCAGGACCUCUGGGACGAAAGGGACACAAGGGCUAUCCUGGACCUGCAGGGCACCCUGGAGAACAGGGGCAGCCAGGACCUGAGGGCAGCCCAGGGGCCAAAGGUUACCCUGGCAGGCAGGGGUUACCUGGACCGGUAGGAGAUUCCGGCCCCAAAGGCAACCGGGGCUACAUUGGACUCCCAGGGCUCUUUGGCCUACCAGGGUCCGACGGAGAGCGAGGUCUGCCUGGCGUUCCUGGCAAGAGGGGCAAGAUGGGUAGGCCGGGGUUUCCUGGAGACUUUGGAGAAAGAGGGCCUCCAGGACUGGAUGGAAACCCUGGAGAAUUGGGCCUGCCAGGGCCCCCAGGAGUCCCCGGCCUCAUUGGUGACAUGGGAGCGUUGGGUCCGAUUGGCUACCCAGGACCCAAGGGCAUGAAGGGACUGAUGGGCAGCGUGGGGGAGCCCGGACUGAAAGGUGAUAAGGGUGAACAAGGGGUUCCAGGUGUGUCAGGAGAUCCUGGAUUCCAAGGAGACAAGGGGAGUCAGGGGUUGCCAGGGUCCCCAGGUGCACGGGGGAAGCCAGGGCCUCCGGGCAAAGUUGGAGACAAAGGAUCUCUUGGGUUUCCUGGGCCCCCUGGACCCGAGGGAUUCCCAGGAGACAUUGGCCCCCCUGGGGACAACGGCCCAGAAGGCAUGAAGGGUAAGCCUGGAGCUCGAGGACUGCUGGGACCCCGUGGGCAUCUGGGGCCCGAGGGAGAUGAGGGACCCAUGGGGCCACCAGGGUCCCCUGGCUUGGAGGGUCAGCCUGGCAGGAAGGGGUUUCCUGGGAGGUCCGGCCGGGAUGGCUUGAAGGGAGAACCAGGGAAUCCUGGACGGCCGGGGCCCGUGGGCGAGCAGGGACUUCUGGGCUUCAUUGGUCUGGUCGGGGAGCCAGGAAUCGUGGGAGAAAAGGGUGAUCGUGGCAUGAUGGGACCCCCAGGUGUGCCUGGACCCAAGGGGUCGAUGGGUCAUCCUGGAAUGCCAGGUGGUAUUGGGACCCCCGGAGAGCCUGGACCCCCGGGUCCUCCAGGAUCUCGGGGCCCACCAGGCAUGAGGGGAGCAAAGGGACGCCGGGGCCCCCGAGGACCAGACGGACCAGCUGGGGAGCAGGGGUCCAGGGGCCUGAAGGGCCCUUCAGGACCACAGGGCAGACCAGGCCGGCCUGGACAGCAGGGCGCAGCUGGUGAGCGAGGCCACGUGGGCCUGAGAGGCUUUCCUGGCAUCCCAGGUCCCUCAGGUCCCCCAGGCACCAAGGGCCUCUCAGGAGAACCGGGCCCUCAGGGACCCCAGGGGCCAAUCGGCCCCCCAGGAGAGAUGGGACCCAAGGGGCCACCAGGUGCAGUGGGAGAACCGGGCCUUCCUGGAGAUACUGGGAUGAAGGGUGACCUUGGGCUCCUGGGCACCCCUGGGGAGCAGGGCCUCAUUGGGCAGCGGGGAGAGCCAGGCCUUGAGGGUGACAGUGGCCCUGCAGGGCCUGAUGGGCUGAAGGGGGACAGGGGUGACCCAGGGCCUGAUGGAGAACAUGGCGAGAAAGGCCAGGAAGGAUUGAAGGGUGAGGAUGGUCCCCUUGGUCCCCCAGGCAUCCCUGGCAUCCGGGGUCCUGAAGGAAAACCAGGGAAGCAAGGCGAGAAGGGCCGGAGCGGAGCCAAGGGUGCCAAGGGCUACCAAGGACAGCUGGGUGAGAUGGGCGUCCCUGGAGAUCCCGGACCCCCUGGCACCCCAGGCCCUAAAGGGUCCCGGGGCAGCCUGGGACCAACGGGUGCUCCAGGACGGAUGGGGGCCCAAGGAGAACCGGGACUGGCUGGUUACGAUGGACACAAAGGCAUUGUGGGACCCCUUGGACCUCCUGGGCCAAAAGGCGAAAAGGGGGAGCAAGGUGACGAUGGCAAGGCCGAGGGGCCGCCCGGGCCCCCUGGAGAUCGGGGCCCUGUGGGUGAUCAAGGAGACCGCGGGGAAUCGGGGGACCCUGGCUACCCUGGACAGGAGGGUGUGCAAGGCCUCCGUGGAAAGCCCGGCCAGCAGGGCCAACCCGGGCAUCCGGGACCCCGGGGGCUGCCGGGACCCAAAGGAUCAAAAGGCGAAGAGGGACCAAAGGGAAAGAAAGGCAAGGCCGGGGCACCAGGCCGGAGGGGAAUGCAGGGCCUGCAGGGGCUGCCGGGACCCCGGGGCGUGGUGGGGAGACAGGGCCCCGAGGGCAUCGCUGGACCAGAUGGUCUUCCUGGCAGAGAUGGUCACACAGGGCAGCAAGGGGAGCAGGGAGAUGAUGGAGACCCUGGCCCUAUGGGCCCUGCUGGGAAGAGAGGAAACCCAGGUGUGGCUGGCUUGCCUGGAGCACAGGGGCCCCCGGGAUUCCAGGGUGAAAGUGGGUUACCCGGGCAGCUGGGUCCCCCUGGCAAGCGAGGGACAGAGGGCGGAACGGGGCUUCCUGGGAACCAGGGAGAGCCUGGAUCCAAAGGCCAGACGGGCGACCCUGGCGAGAUGGGCUUUCCAGGAAUUGCUGGCCUCUUUGGACCCAAGGGCCCCCCUGGGGACAUCGGCUUCAAAGGCAUCCAGGGCCCUCGGGGGCCUCCUGGCUUGAUGGGAAAGGAAGGCAUCAUUGGGCCCCUCGGAAUCCUGGGACCUUCUGGACUCCCGGGUCCGAAGGGUGACAAAGGCAGCCGAGGGGACUGGGGAUUGCAAGGUCCGAGGGGUCCUCCUGGCCCAAGAGGGCAGCCCGGCCCACCGGGUCCUCCAGGGGGUCCUAUCCAGCUUCAACAAGAUGACCUUGGGGCAGCUUUCCAGAUGUGGAUGGACACUAAUGGAGCACUCAGACCACAGGGUUACAGCUAUCCGGACCGGCUGGUGCUGGACCAGGGAGGGGAGAUCUUUAAAACCUUACACUACCUCAGCAACCUCAUUCAGAGCAUUAAAACACCCCUGGGCACCAAAGAGAACCCUGCCCGGGUCUGCCGGGACCUCAUGGACUGUGAGCAGAAGAUGAUGGAUGGUACCUACUGGGUGGAUCCAAACCUUGGCUGCUCGUCCGACACCAUCGAAGUCUCCUGCAACUUCACACAUGGUGGACAGACAUGUCUCAAGCCCAUCACGGCCUCCAAGGUCGAGUUUGCUGUCAGCCGGGUCCAGAUGAAUUUUCUGCACCUGCUCAGCUCUGAGGUGACGCAGCAUAUCACCAUCCACUGCCUGAACAUGACCGUGUGGCAGGAGGGCACCGGGAAGACCCCAGCCAAGCAGCCUGUGCGCUUCCGUGCCUGGAAUGGACAGAUCUUUGAAGCCGGGGGUCAGUUUAGGCCAGAGGUGUCUGUAGAUGGCUGCAAGGUCCAGGAUGGCCGAUGGCAUCAGACGCUCUUCACCUUCCGGACCCAGGACCCCCAGCAGCUGCCUAUCAUCAGCGUGGAUAACCUCCCUCCUGCCUCAUCAGGGAAGCAGUACCGCCUCGAAGUUGGACCUGCAUGCUUCCUCUGACCUCUGACUUCCUGGCUCCUCUAGGCCUCUUGGGGAAGGGAAGAGGAGGAGGCGAGGAGAGGGUACCGAGGGGCAGGUGGUUCUUCCCAGGGAUCCUUAGGCAGGCCCCAGCUGUUGUCUGCCCAGUAUAAGUGGGUGGGGGGUAGCAGGGGAUUGGGUGUCCUUGGGAGUGACUGAUCCCAGCUCAGCCCCAAAGACCAACCAAAGAGCCAGCCAGAGCAAACUGGGCCUGCAACCCGCCUGAGCCCCGUGGCCUGUCUCCCAGCUCUGCGCCACCCCCUUCUCUCCCCAGCUUCCUGCCCAAAGAGCCCCAUGUUCAAGCCAACUUGAGGGAAGGGGGUAUCUCGUCAGCUGGUCCCUGCCAGGGAGCCUUUGAUGUGCAAUAUUAGAAAGGAGACAUGAAAAAAGGUGAAAAGGAAAGAAGCAUAUAUAUUAUUUAAACAAGCAAAAAGAAGGUGUGUUACUAUUUUUUCACCUGGAAAGAGGUGAGAGGGUGAGAAAGAGCAGCCAGGGGUGGGAAGAGGCGAGACCCUGGGGUGGGUGCCCAUAUUUGCUACCUCCCACUGUGAAAUCGCUGGUGCUCGCAUCCGUCUCUCGUAGUGUAUGUGAUUUUUUUAAGAAAAAAAAAAAAAAACCUAUUUAAGAUUCUAAAGGUGCUACCAUUUUUGCCACAGACUUGGAAGAAACUUCUCUAUGUGGAGCAUUGGCCACAUCUUUCUCUCUCCUCCAA